AUGAAAGCAGGAGGAGCAGACAAAGGAUUGGUCCAACAGUUGGUUGACCUCGUCAACUCCGGCAAGACCCUGGUCUGUCUUAGUGAUGCUUGCGUGAAGGGCAACAUCAAUCGCGGCCAUGUUUCUCGUUGUCGCCACAUUGCGCAGUAUUUGGUCGAGAUGGGUGCAGAUCGUGCGAGGAUCGUCCGCAUGACGGGCGGCAUCAACGCAUGGAAGAAGGCGCAGCUCGACGGAAUCCUGGGAGACCUACGACCGAUGUAUGCCGGGGUCAUCAAGGCCAGUGAUUUCGAGCCGCCCAAGGAGGGCCGGGAAGAAGAAGAGGAGGACGAAGAGACCCGGCCACUCCGAGGCGAGAUGCCGGCGGCUGUGGGCAACGGAGGCUAUGCGAGCGCGGCCCCUCAACUGGCAGCUGGCCUGCAGGUGGAGAUCCAGGGUCUUGUUUCUCGAGCGGAUCUGAACGGCAAAAAGGCGAGGAUUCAGGAGUUCAUUCCGAGCUCCGAACGCUGGGAGGUAGAACUUCUGGACGAGACGAAGGAACGCGUCCGCUGCAAGCCCGAGUGCCUCAAAGCAGCGCUGGCACCUCGGCUUUGCGCGGAUCCGCCAAGUUGGCACCUUUGGGAGGACUUGGAGUGCGCGUCGACCGAGGAAGGGCCAAAGGCUGCUCCAGCUGCCCCGGAGGAGUUCGUGGAGGACAAGAUCAUCAAGGUCACACGGUCCGUCGGAUCGCUGGCCAGGGCCUUCAAUCCGGUGCGGACCACCGGCGAGCUCUUUGUCGGCAGCGUCGGUGGUGUUUGGGCCGAGCUGGAUGUGGCGGCCGGCGAGAAGAAAGGCACAAGUGCUGGGAAGCGAGGCUGGAUCUACAUCAAGGCGGGGAGGAAGUCGCUGGAUAUCCAGGGCACAAGAGUUGCCAAAAUCGGACCCGACGUCCCAAGCUUUCAAGUUGAAGCCCUGCCUGAAAGGGCCCUGGCUUUGGAGCGAGCAGCUGCAAGAUCACCGACGAGUAUUUGCUGGCGUAGGAUCUCCGCUGCUGUUUGCAUUUCUUCCUCGACUCUCUGCUACGAGUGCUGCUUUUUCGGGUUCACGGAGCGCGAUUGUGCCAGGUCCCGUUUCACCCUCCUGAAAGCAGGGGUCGACCGGCAGCAGGACCGUGCGAUGCUCCGUGCGGAGUGGAGUAUGUCGAUCAGCGCAAUCUGCCUCUCAAGGAGCAGCUUCAGCUUCCUAAUGGUGCCAGACAUCGUGCCAGGGCAUAUUGUGUGGUGGAAGGAGAUGUUCUGCGACAUCUUCGAUCCUGAGACCAGUAGCUGGACCUCGCUCCCUGCUGCCGCCUACACGAACCUCGGCGUAGGCCAGGGCAUUUUCGAGCGGGCCGCAUUUUUCGGCGCGGCUGCAGUCGAAGGUCGUGUUGUGGCAUUGGUCGGCAGCGUCACCAUUGCUUACAACCCCAGAGUCCCCGAAGAUGGUUGGAGAGCUGUGGAAGCACCAAACAGCCAUGUCAAGGUGGGGGCCUCUUCAUGUGCCUGCGCCUUCCGUGGGGAACUGAUAGUUGCUUCGGGCCGCCCGCGCUGCUUUUCGAAGUGUGUUGCCGGCUUCCGAUUUUCUGCAGAUGCCUCGCAGCCUCUUUGGUGGCAUGGCACCUGGCGUCAGCUGCCGAAGCUGCAGAGCGCACGCGUCGGUGGGGCGCUCGUAGAGGUCUACGAUCGCUUGUACAUCACAGGAGGCGUUGACGAGGAAACUGGCGAGUUCUACGACACGGCAGAGCGCCUCGCGGAGGAGUCCUGGGACUGCGUGUCCUGGUUCCAGAUGCCACGCGCGUUGCAUGCGCACGAGGCACAUGCCUUGCCGUAUCUCCCCGCUCCAGCACAGCCACUCACAAGGAAGUGA